UCGCGCCAGUGAGGAGGAAAUAAUCACAAUGUUGCCUUCUCAUGAAUUAUUAAGUAGCCCCCUGCCUCUUUUAGCUUGACUCAAAAUGCUGCAUUUUCAUCUGUGGGUCUGAAGCGGAGAGCAAGGGUGUUUCUUUGACAGCUGUAUUACUGCUGAUAAGCAAGACUCUGCGAGAUGAUCAAGUACUGAGACACGCAUCCAGAACAGCAGCACAGCAGCACUAUUCACUACGAGCGGUGGCAGUCAGUAGCAGCAGCAGGAGCAGUAGCAGCACUAACAGCAGCAGCAGCAGCAGCAACAGCAACUCUCUCGUGCCUUUUUCUUCUUCUUUGUGGAGUUGUAAUCUGUUCUGAGGACAACAGCCAGAGAAGACGGGACAAGUGGAUCAGGGCUGACAGCUGUCAUCAAAACAACCCCAAACGCAGAGCUGGCUGCCCACAUGCCGAUCGAAUUUGUUUGCAAAAUCAAAUUUGCAGAGGAGGAUGAGAAGCAGAAAGGCAAGCAGGAUGGGGACAAGGAGAGCCUGAUUGAGGAGAGCUGCACACCUCCAGCUAAGGACCUGGUCGGCUUCGCCAACUCCAGCUCUCUCCACGGGAUUAACCACAUCUUUGUCUCGGGGCGCCUGGGCAUUKGGCAGACCCUCUGGGCACUUGCCUUUUUGGCUUCUCUGGCACUCUUCCUGUACCAGGCAGCAAAGUGUGCCAUCUCUUACCUGGAGCAUCCCCACGUCACCGCUCUGAAUGAGGAAGCGAGCCCUGAGAUGGUCUUUCCCGCUGUGACCAUCUGCAACAUCAACCGCUUCCGCUUCUCCGCUCUCACCGACGCCGACAUCUACCACCUGGCUAACCUCACAGGUCUACCGCCAAAAAACCGGGAUGGCCACAAGCCCACUGAUUUGGACUAUCCUGCACCGGACAUGCAGGACAUCUUCAACCGGACAGGACAUCAGCUGGAAGAGAUGCUGAAGAGCUGCAACUUCAGUGGACAGAACUGCUCUGCUGAGGACUUCUCUGUGGUCUACACCAGAUAUGGAAAAUGUUAUACUUUCAACGGGAACAAGUCGACGUCCAGGAAAACCAAGCAAGGUGGAAUGGGAAAUGGCCUGGAGAUUAUGUUGGAUAUUCAACAGGACGAGUAUCUCCCCAUCUGGAAAGAGACAAAUGAGACGUCGUUAGAGGCAGGGAUCCGCGUGCAGAUCCACAGCCAGGAUGAGCCUCCCUACAUCCACCAGCUGGGCUUCGGAGUCUCCCCGGGAUUCCAGACCUUUGUUUCAUGUCAGGAACAAAGGCUGACCUACCUGCCCCAGCCCUGGGGGAACUGCCGCUCCACCAGUGACCAGAUGAUCCCGGGAUACGACACCUACAGCAUCAGUGCCUGCCGCCUGCGCUGCGAAACUAAGGAGGUGCUCCGGGAGUGCAACUGCAGGAUGGUGCACAUGCCCGGAACUGCCGAUAUCUGCACUCCCAGUAACAUCAAGUGUGUUGACAAGGCGCUUGCCCUUCUCCAGAAGAGCACUGGGGACACCUGUCCCUGUGAGACACCAUGUAACCUGACCCGCUACGGCAAGGAGCUCUCCAUGGUUAAGAUCCCCAGCAAAGGCUCCGCUCGCUACCUGUCCAGGAAAUACGACAAGUCUGAGGAAUAUAUCAGAGACAACUUUCUGGUGUUGGACAUCUUCUUUGAGGCUCUUAACUAUGAAACAAUUGAACAAAAAAAAGCAUACGAUGUUGCAGGUUUACUKGGUGACAUUGGAGGCCAGAUGGGCUUGUUCAUUGGAGCCAGUAUUUUGACAAUCUUAGAAAUUUUGGAUUAUGUUUACGAGGUGAUCAAGCACAGGCUGCAGCGUCUGCUGAGGCCACCGAAGGACGAGAAGAAACAACAGACGACCACUGUUGCAACUGUGGAUCUGCAAGAUAUGAAAGCCAGUAAGGAGUCCAGUGAUAUGACCAUGACCAGAAGUCAUCCUGAAGGAGCCUACGCCAAUACGAUUCUACCGAACCACCAUCUCCCCCACCACCAAGGACAGCCACAUGGAGUGUUUGAGGACUUUGCCUGCUAAAGCCAGUGGCCAUCUUUCCAUCCUGAUGACAACAAAAGUUGUCCUCUCUGGGCUGGAUCGGGCAUCAAAACAGACCCUGGGACCUCAGUUCUAUAUAUUUCUUGCUGUCACCAGUGAAAAAGCUACAGCCAAAGUUGAACACCAAACCUGUGCUGCAAACAGACCACUUGUAUGUAGGCACAGAUUGGACCCCACAUUACUGUCCAGCUGGAGACGRCCACCUUCGAUCUUCCUCCAAUUGACAGCUGGCCUUUCUGCGAUUUCUAUACUGGUUAUUUUGGUACAUGGUCACCACAUGGGAACAAGACAAGGACUGCAUGUCAUUUUGAGCCAUCUUGAUUCAUUUAUACUCAACUCCAGUAUCUUGAUUUCUGUACUUUUCUUAAUAAGUUCUCACUCAGCUCACUGUUUUGAAUCAUUGUAAAAUAUGUAAUUAUUUAAUUAAUUUAAUUUCCCCUUUAUAUUGUAUACAAGAUGAGUAUGAGACAGGUGGUCAUAUUCAAUCGAACCAUUAUACUGAGAUAUCAAACAAAAUCAGAGGAAUUACAUUGAUCUUUUAGCGUGUUAAAACCAUACUACCCUCGCUUUGAUGAUAGGGCCCAUACUGCGUACCAGCUAUACACUAUUUAGUAUUUAUUAGGAUCCCCAUUAGCUGCUGCCAAGGUAGCAGCUACUCUUCCUGGGGUCCAAGCAGGGUUAAAACAAUUACAUCACAACCAAACACAACAGCCUAAAUCAUAAAUAAAACACAUCAUACAAUAUAUUACAUUAUUACUCUUUUAUUACAAAUGUACAAUAUAAAAUCCACAACACCACAUUACAAAUAUGUGUGUGUGUGUGUAGAGUGAGUGUGUUAGAUUGUGUGUACGUGUUUGUGUCUCUUCACAGUCCGCGUUGUGCCAUGAGGUGUUGUUUUAUCUGAUUUUAGUGUUCGCUUGAGUUAUUUGGUGUGGAAGAGAGUUCCAUGUUGUCACGGCUCUAUGUAGUACUGUGAGUUUCCCAGAGUCUGUUCUSGACUUUGGGACUGUGAAGAGACCCCUGGUGGCAUUUCUUGUGGGGUAUGUAUGGGUGUCUGAGCUGUGUAUUAGAUGUUU